AUGGCUUCCUCGAGAGGUGUCGUCAACAUCCGAUGGCCCAACAGUCAAGACGUGCAUCACGAUCUUUACCUCAUCCUCGUUGACGGGAAUGGACUGGACAGCAUCCUUCAGUUUGAAAGGAAUGAAAGGACCCGACAGCUCGAGAUAAAAAUGGAGAUGAACGCACCGGGAGCGUAUGAAGUCAAGUUCAUGGCCGACGGAGAUUUCGUCACAUGCGCAGCACUACCGAGGAUGGAGGGAUCCCUGUCCAACAUCAUCAUCUUGGAUGAGUUCCAUCAGGUUCAAUAUCUUCACGAUGAUCAGAAAGAUAUCUCUCAAGUCAACGUGGAAGACAUGUUUGAGGUGAAGCAGCAAGACACGUUUCCAGUCAAAGACGAAGACACGUUUCCAGUCAAAGACGAAGACACGUUUCCAGUUAAAGACGAAGACACGUUUCCAGUCAAAGACGAAGACACGUUUCCAGUCAAAGACGAAGACACGUCUCCAGUCAAAGACACGUUUCCAGUCAAAGACGAACAUAUCUCUCAAGUCAAGGAGGAGCAGAUCCAUCAUGGGCCGGAAGUUUCCCUUCUUAUCCCAUACGUCACUUCCCAGUCGGAUGCAGACAGGGAGAAAGAGACAAAGAGAGAGAAAGAGACAAACGAGAGGAUCCAAGAAGAAGGUCAAGUCGUACCAGUCGCAGGAGAAGUUUCGCCUACAGCCAUCGAGCAACCUGAGGUCCAUGGACCGUCGCUCUCCUGCAUUGAAGAAACCCUCCACCCACGGCUGGUUGACGUCAGGAGCCCAUUCAAGUCAAGUCUUUCCUUCAUUAAGGAUCGUACCCCCAAGUCAGUUCGCAUCUCCGAGGAGGCGGUGGUGCACGAGAUCCGCCCGUUGAGCGGGAGGGAUGGGAAGAGAGCUCCUCUUACAGCCAAGGUCGAUGUGGAGGCUGGGAGGACGAGAGGGAGCGAGGGUCUCCCUGUGCGAGCUGCCGCGAGGGAGAAGUGGCAACAAACUCCUGGCAGAGGAUUUCUCUUUGGGGCGAGGGAGGGAAAAUCAGGAGAGAUGAAAUCGAUGCUGCAGAGGAAGGGCAUAGCCGGAGGGAGCCCACCGAGUCCGAGGCCGCAAAACCAGACCUGCAUGUCGGAGGACGAGUCCAUGCUGAGAGUUGAGAGCGCAACGAUGGAGCAAAGGCUAGGUCAGAAUCAGAGGUCCUCGUCUCUACAGCAGGCUUCUCCUCCUCAACUGCCAUCGACGUCUGCGCCACGACACAAGGUCUCUCCCCAGCAGCACAAGUCGGAUCCCCCGCCUCCUGCAGUCGCCGAGGUCGUAUCGUCGUUUCUCGGCCCGAAGUUCAACGACUACAAACGGACCCGCCCGAUGAUCGACGCCAAGAAGCGACUCCAUGGCGGAAAGGAGGGCACCGACCCGCCGGCAGGCUCGCAGGAGGCGGUCAAGGAUCUUGACCGCUCCAUCACAACUGUAGAGGAGAUUUUGGGCGAGAUGGAGGAGCAAGAGACGAGCGACGUGACCUGGCAGAGUCAUCGACGACGGCCGGAGUUGGAGGGAGAGAAGACGUUCGAGCAGUUUGUUGAGGAGAAGAGGAGGGGGAGAGGAGGGAGGGACGCUAUCCUCCGCUCUCCUGACGUUUCCUCUCCUCCCCUGCUCGAUCCAACUCAUCGGUCAGGCUUCUUCUCCUCUCCUGCCUCCCAGAGCACUCCGGUCAAUCGUCUCGAAUUCUCCUCUCCUCUCCCUCCCCCUCCAACUCUUCCAGACAGUCCGAUCCGUCGUCCAGAGCUCCCCUCCCCUCCCCUAAAGAGCAGGCCGUCGCUUGCUGCAGAUCCACCCACUCCUCCUCCACCAACUCCCCAGAAGAGUCCGAUUGUUCUCUCAGAAACCCCCUCUUCUCCACCGCAGAUCGUUUCGCAGGCCGUUGACGCCCAGCAACUGUCUGACACCAGGGAACGGGGUUCCUUCAGGGAGCAGCCUGGCGGUUCCCCGGAUCGCUCCAGGAGCGCAAGGGCCAUGUCCGACAUGUCGGAUGAGACUCGCACUACAGCAUCAAGCGGGCAGCAAGGCAGCAAGGCAGCAACGAAACAGCCUCCGUCCUUCGAGCGAGGAAGGCGGUUCCUGCAGCAAUACCAAGAUUCUUCUCGAGACCAGAAGAAAGAUCAACACGAUGGAAGCCAGGAAGAUGAAGAUACUGGGCAGGUUCGCUCCAACGACGACGACGACGACGACGAGCAGGAGGGUGGGGAGGAAGAAGAGGCAAGAAAGAUAGGGAGCCUGAGUCCGGACAGCUCGAUUGUUUCCUUCACAUACACUGCCGGCAGCACCGACAUGCCGCACGACUGGUCGAGCCCCGACACCUUCCAAUCGUCUGAGAGGAGCGAGGAAAGAAGUCUUGAGCUCGACAGCUCGCACGACUCCAACACGAUGGAGCUCGACGAAACACCGCAGGGCUCGAGCGGCAGCGCCUGUCAGAAGAAGCCGGAGGAGGAGGACACUGCUGUUGACGCUGAGAGGGGGGAGGACGUCGAGGGCUCGAGGGUCAGCCCCGCCCGGCUGAAGGAAUCACUGAUGGAAUUCUACAACAAACAUAGCCCAAAGAAGAUCUGGAAGGUGGAAGGGAUUGUAUCGACUUUCUGUCAGCGCCAGGGAGGGCUGAAGGAAGUGCAAAAGAUCGACAAGUCACUUCGCACGACCUAUGGUGUCGGCUUGGACAUCUCAUCCAUAGCGAGUAGCACCAAGACCUCGGAUGACGCCUCCUCGCAAGGAACCACCUCGGGCAGCUUUCAGGUCUUGAAGAUGAAAGUCCAUGCUCCCACAUCCAUGGAAGCGUCGGUAGGAGAUCAGCCCAGCUCGGAUAUGGCAGAGAGGACAGGAGGGGAGGAGGUGGAAGGAGCCAUGGAACAGACUGCGGAAGGCAGGAGGUCUGCUCCUCUCAACCACUCGAAGUCGUCCCAUGGAGAAGAGGGAGAGACAGAGAGAAGGAGGAGGGGAGGGAGGGAGGACGCCGGGGAGGAAAUUUCUCAACGUCUGCAAGGGGCCGAGGAGACAAGCAGGAGUCAGAAACCGAUCCCUGAUGGCAGCGCACAUGUAGAGAGCUCGGGUGACCUCCUAGGAACGUCUUCUGUGCACAAGGAAGAGGAUGAGGUGCUGCCGGAAGGAUGGAAGAAGAAGUUGAGCAAGCAGAAGGGAGUCUUCUACUACUACAACCAGCAGACGCAACAGACGACGUGGACCAGACCUGAGACGUAA